AUCGAUCGAGUUAUCACGGAAAAACCCAAGUCGUUAGACCUCAGGCGUUUCUUUCUUCGUCGUCGAUCCGACGCCGAUUGUGUCGAUCUAAGCCUGGCGAGAUGGGUAGCGGUAGGGUUGGCAGAGGAGGCACGUCCGCGCGGCCGACCUACUUCUCGUCGUCUUCGCACCCCUCGGCCCCUCCUCAUCCGCCGACAUGUAGAUUAACAUUUUGAGGAUGAUGGGUCACUCUCUGAUAAGGCUCUACUCCAUUUUAUAUACUGGGAUUCCGUAUGUGACAUGGAAAGGAUUGCUGGUUGGGAUGCAAAGUGCGCUUCAACUCUAAUGGCUCAACAUUUGCUUGCUGCUACUGACCGCUAUGCGUUGGACAGGCUUAAAGUACUUUGUGAAGUCAAGCUGUGUGAGGAUGUUGCUAUAAAUACAGUGGCCACCACUCUAGCAUUGGCUGAGCAGCACCAUUGUUUUCAUCUUAAAUCUGUUUGUCUCAAAUUUGUUGCAUUACCGCAGAACUUGAGAGCGGUGGUGCAAUCUGAAGGAUUCAAAUACUUGAAGGUCAGUUGUCCAUCACUUCUGAAAGAGCUGUUACAGUAUGUUGCCGGGAAAGGAGAAAAUUCAGCGGUUUCGAGUGCAGACACGAAUGAUGCCCUCGAUGGCAGUGAUGCGAAUGGAAGGCGUGUCAAGCCCCAGAUAUGAUAUUUUCUGUUGACAGAUAUUG